CUUUUCCAGAUUCCGGCCGAUAUUCAAAGCAUUCUCCAGUUUCCGGGCGAUCUUCAAAGAUUUUCCCAGAUUCCGACUAAUCUUCAUCCUCCUUCGUCAUUUUCUGGGUUUUCAGCCUCCAUUCUUUGAAGAUCAAUGGCGGAUUCUUCAUCUUCACAGCAAUCCCAGCUUUCUCAACAGCCCGCUGCUCGUUCUCGCGUUAACCGAGGUAAAAAAUCCCUCGUUCAUGCUAGCGUUUUUUCACUUAGAGAUUUAUUAAGUGAAUUUGGUCAAGCGUUCCCCAAUUUGCUCCAUUUAGAUGCUUAUAAUUAUCCCACUAAGCUCACCCAAAAAGAUAUUGAUAUUAUGAGCAAGCUGUUUGGAAUUGAACACCCUUACAGGGCCGAGCUCCCAGGCCCAAAUGACCGGGCUUGCUACCCAAAGCCCGGGGCAAUUAGGAUUUACAAAGAGACUUUUUAUGCUGGAUUUAGAUUGCCUCCCCCGAUGUUUGUUUAUAGGCUUUUAGCCGAAGCCCGGGUAUGUCCAACCCAACUCCAGCCCAAUGGCUGGAGGUUCAUAAAUUGUUUUUUGGUCCAGUGCAAGAAGCAUAACUUAGAGCCCAGCGUGGUUGUAUUUAGAUAUCUUUUUAAGUUUGUGAACGCCCCAAAUGACGAAGGCUGGGUCAAAAUCCAAUAUCGGACUUUGGGCCGCAGCAUCUUCGUUUCUGACUCGGCCCCUGAUUCUCUUCCGAAUUGGAAGAAACAAUGGUUUUAUUUAUACAUGGAAGGGGCCGAUUGGGCCGACUACUUUUACUCGGAUUUCAGCCGGGCCGAGGACGGAACGAUGCGGUCCCUUAAGUUGGGGGUCGAGGAAGAGGCUGCAAUUAGGGUUUUAACGGGGGACAACCUCCAUCAUUGCUCGUUGCUUAUCUCGGAGGCCUCCCUCCAGUUACAUGGGCUUAGCGAUUUGGGCCCUGAGGCCCAAGUCGCUUUAGGAAGCAUAUUCAAAAAGCGCGAAACCGCCGCUUCUCAGGCGGUGGUUACCGAAGUGCCUCGCGAGAAGAAGUCGCGAAAGAGGGGGAAGUCCCCGGUUAUCGAGAAGGUUCCGGCCUUCCUAACUCCUCGCGAGGUGACCGUAGAGGAGGACUCAGGCCCCUACGUCGUGGAGUGGGGCCUUCUCAAGAAGGAUACCGUGGUGGGAGAUUCUCGGGCCGCCGCGGAGUGGUCCCGGAACGUGAUUACUCCCCGGGAUCGAGCCCACGUAGUGGAAUCGUCCGAGGAUCUCCAGAUCGAGCUUCUGGGGGCCCAAGCCGUGGCGACGGUCAACACCUACCUCCAAGCUGCGGUUCACAACUUGAAGGCGGUCAGGGCCGAGAAGUCGAUCGCGGAACGUGACCGCGAUCGUUACUUCGAAGCCUCGACCGCUAACUUCGAGCAGUUCCGGAGGGUGGAGGCCGAGCUGGUGGCCGAACAAGAAAAGGUCCGUACUUUGGAGGCGGAGCUGGCAAGGGUUCGGAAGGAGGCGGUGGAGGACUAUAAAAAGUCCCAAGAAUUUGACGACCUCCUGGCCGCGGAGUUCGACACAUCCUUUCCCGAGACCUUCAAAUCUUGCUGGGAAAGGAUCAUAGAGGAACUCGGCUCCCAGAUCGAGGGAGUCACACUGGAACGAUUCCCUGUUCCGAAGCUUCCCGGGGAGGAGACCCCUUCCCCGAUGGCGGUCGAGGAUCUCGGGGAUUCGCAUCCUGUGGACUCCCAAACUUUGGAGAUUCCAACCGAGACUCUCGUGAUCCAAGAUUCCCACUUGGAUGAGAUGGAUCUUGGGAAGGAUGAGGAGGCCCAAGAUGAAGCCCGGGACGAGGCCCAGGAGAAGGAGGCCCGGGAACCUGAAGUCCAGGAGACUGAGAAGGUCCAAGAUGAUGCCUUCGAUGAUGGGCUCCCUUAGGCUAGGUUUAUUUUUCAGCCCUGCGUGGCUUGCUUUUGUAAUUAAUUAUUCGGAUAUUUAUACCCUUCGGGGUUUUAAAUUAAAUAUUUGGAUUCUCUUUUGUCUCGUCCUUUAAUCUCGCGUAUUUAGCAUUCUUUAC